AUGGCAUCGGACACUGAAACCGAGAUGGGAGAUACAGCAAAACGCGGAAGUCAGCCACAAAAGGCUGCAUGUGAUGAGUGCCGACGUCGGAAACAACGGUGCGAUGGCAAGAAGCCACAAUGUAGCGUUUGUCGAGACACUGGUGUUCUGGAGGCAAUGCUAAAGGCUCGCUCCUCGCCCCAUCGAGAAGAACCCCUGGAGACUACAGGAAACAAUGGUGACGGGGUUCUCGCUGCGUCGGGUGCGAAAGAAAGCGCAUUGGUGUCCACGCGUCCAUUUGGCCAGCAUGUUCCUCUUUCGCCGAUAUUGCACGCCGAAUUGUAA